AUGAAAUAUGGAGUUUUGUUUAUGGUUUCUUGUGGUGUCAUGUUUCUAAUUCUAAGCCAUGUUGAAGAGGUUGAAGCCAUGAAGAAGUUUGGGUGCAACACUACACACCCUUUUCCUGGAAAAUGUGGAAAUAAUGGAAAGAGUUCUUGGGUAAGUGACAUGAAAAAGCUUCCAAGCGCACCAAAAAAUCGUGAUAUACGUUGCGAAUGUUCUGACCGUCCAAGUUUAGCUAGGGGUAUGCCUGGCGAGCGUGUAUGUAGAUGUGAUUAUGAUUGUUAA